UCUCCUCUGUUACUUUGAAACCAUUUCCCCUUGUCCCCCAGAGCUGACCCACGGGCGCUGGAGAUGUUUGGAGGCCGGCAGUCCCCCAGCAGGGCGGCACCGGGCGGCUUCUGGAAACCACUGCGUGUCCCCGGCCUGUUCCUCUCCGUAUUUUUUGUUAUGUGGAGCUACGGCCCCAACGGACACCGCCCGCCCCGCGGGGCCAGCGACCGCCUCCCGGGGGCCACCGCUCACCUGAGGUGCCGUUAGCCCCGCCUCUCCCAGCCCUGUCUUUAAGGCCCUCCUUCUUCUCGCCCUCCCUCCCUCCCUCUAUCUAUCCAUCCAUCCCCGCUCACCGCCGCUCGCCGCCGCCGGGCUCUGCCUCGCCCGCCUUCCCCCCACCCCGCUUCCCCCGCCGCCAGCCAUGGCCGACAUGAAGACCGGCAUCUUCGCCAAAAACGUCCAGAAACGCCUCAACCGCGCCCAGGAGAAGGUACUUCAAAAACUAGGAAAAGCAGAUGAAACAAAAGAUGAACAGUUUGAAGAAUACGUUCAAAAUUUCAAACGGCAAGAGGCAGAGGGUUCCAGGCUCCAGAGGGAACUGAGAGGAUAUUUAGCAGCCAUCAAAGGGAUGCAAGAUGCCUCAAAGAAGCUUACAGAGUCUCUCCAUGAAGUGUAUGAGCCAGAUUGGUAUGGACGAGAAGAUGUGAAAAUGAUUGGUGAGAAAUGUGAUGAACUCUGGGAGGACUUCCAUCAAAAACUUGUGGAUGGGUCAUUGUUGACUUUGGAUACAUAUCUAGGACAAUUUCCUGAUAUCAAAACUCGUAUUGCAAAACGAAGCAGAAAGCUAGUGGACUACGACAGUGCAAGGCAUCACCUAGAAGCCCUGCAGAGCUCCAAAAGAAAAGAUGAAGGCAGGAUUACCAAGGCAGAGGAAGAGUUUCAAAAAGCACAGAAAGUGUUUGAAGAGUUUAACACUGAUUUGCAAGAAGAAUUGCCAUCUCUGUGGUCACGGCGAGUUGGCUUUUAUGUGAACACCUUCAAAAAUGUAUCCAGCCUUGAAGCUAAGUUUCACAAGGAAAUAGCUUUACUAUGUCACAAACUGUAUGAAGUGAUGACGAAGCUGGGAGAUCAGCAUGCAGACAAGGCCUUCACCAUUCAAGGGGCACCAAGUGAUUCUGGUCCACUCCGCAUUGCAAAAACACCGUCACCACCAGAGGAGGUCUCUCCCCUUCCUAGCCCUACUGCUAGUCCCAAUCACAUGCUGGCGCCAGCAUCUCCAGCACCAGCCCGGCCUAAGUCACCCACACAGCUGAGGAAAGGUCCUCCAGUUCCACCACUGCCUAAGCUCACACCCACAAAGGAGUUGCAACAGGAGAACAUCAUUAACCUCUUUGAUGAUAACUUUGUCCCAGAAAUCAAUGUGACAACUCCAUCACAGAAUGAAAUUCCUGAAACUAAGAAGGAGGAAUCUUUGCUAGAUCUGGACUUUGACCCUUUCAAGCCAGAAGUUGUAUCAACAGGAGUAACUCAUUCACCCAUGUCUCAGACAUUGCCAUGGGAUCUGUGGACGACAACAAGCGAAUUGGUGCAGCCGGCAUCCAGCACUGCAUUUAAUGGAUUUGCACAGGAUACUGCUGCAUUUACCGUGCAAUCCAAUGAGAAUGUGACAGAGACUUUGACUGAGGCUGAAGAAGCUCCACCUGGGGAACUCAAGGUCGAGGAAACCCCUACUGCUGCUGUUGUGGAAAAGGAGGCCAUCCCUGCUGAGCCACAUGAGCCAACAGAGCAGGCUGCGGAGAGUAUCGAGGCAGGGGAUAAGGAGACAACUGGAGUUGCUGAGAAAGAGAGCGAGGUGGUGAGUGCUGCAGAUGGGGCAGUGGCAGUGGAAGACAGUGUGGUGGUGGCAGCAGGAGCUGGUGAGGGUGCUGCUCCCAUUGAACAGGAGGCUGCUGCUGAAGGUGACAAACCUCAGGGAGAAGAAAAGGAGAUUGAUGUUUCUCAGGAAAAGGUCAGCAGCAUCCCUUCAGUAGUAAUAGAGCCAGCAUCAAACAAUGAAGGGGAAGGAGAAGAACAUGAUGUCAUCACGAACGAGUCCAAAGAUGCUGCAGCAGAGAUGGGCACUCAGGGCACUGACAGGGAAACUUCCCAAGUUGGAAUUGAGCAGAAACCCACUGAAGAAAUCCAGACUGCACCUUCUCAAGAUCAGCCUGUGUCAGCAGGAGACAUAGCUUCUGACAUGCCACCGGGCUUUCUUUUUAAGGUUGAAGUUCUACAUGAUUUUGAGGCAGCUAACAGUGAUGAGCUUAAUUUAAAACGAGGGGAUAUUGUACUAGUAAUUCCUUCUGAGACUACAGCUGAUCAGGAGGCUGGCUGGUUGACAGGCAUUAAGGAAUCUGAGUGGCUUCAAUACAGAGAUGCAAACAGUUAUAAAGGACUUUUCCCAGAGAACUUCACACGCCAUCUGGAGUAGUUCUUCGUUCAGGCACACAAAUGUGGUAUGAAGUUCGGUCAGUAGGUUUUUAACCUCUUUGAAACACAGGAGCCCACUUUUUUGUAGUUCAAGCUGUUAAUGUUUUACAGAUUGGUGCCAGACAAAGCUUGUUGAAGCAUAUCAAAAUGAGCAUGAGUGCAAACAGUUAAGCUAGCAAUUUCUGAAGCAGUGCGUGAAAAAAAAAAUCAAAUAAAAACAGAAAUGUCCUUAUUUGUUCACAUGUACGUGGCAACAGGUUUGUUUGUGCUUUGUCAGAGCUAUGGUGAUCCUGUAUUUGGUCCUUUCCCAUGAAAUCCAAAAUUAGCCUCCUUGAUACCAAAACCUUAACUUCUCUGCACUAAGUGUAUUGUAUUGAGUUGCACUGCAGAAAAUUUAAUUAGUAAUCCUGUAGUAAUGAGGUCAAACUAUUAUAAGUUUCAUGUGUUUAAAAAAGAUAAUUAACUGCUGCAACGUUUUUCAGUGUUACUUUUGGACAUGCGUAAUAUAUAUACACAAGAACUUAUAUGUGUAUAUAUAAGUGCAUAUGGGUAAAUAUGCAUUUUAACAACUUCAUUGUAGUUCUUUGACUGUGUAGUGUCAUCAGUACAUGCAUUGCUCUCUCACUGUCUGGCAUUACAGGAAACAGUUUUGUUCCAAAGCAAAACUAGCUGCUCCAUUGCCAAAACAUUGAACAGUAUCCGUGUUAGUAAUGUGAAAUUUUCAUUCUGAGAUGAUGAAUAACAUCAUUUUCAAAGCUGCUAAACCUUUGAGAAGGCAUGGCUCAGUUUCCUCUUCCAGAUGCAGUAGUUACAGUGAGAUAGCCUGGAAGGGGAACUGUUAUAAUGCUAAUCUAUACUUUUUUAUUUAAUUGGCUGAAUAAAAAGAACACAACAAAACCAAUCGCUGAGAAAUAAACAAUAUAUUUUCACAAUAAGUAUUUAUGCAGCAUACCUUCACAAAUCCUUUUAAAUUAAGAUAUAUAAUGUAUCCUGUAUCAAAAAGUCAUCUGUAACUUAUGUUUUCCAGUGCUGUGUCAUUAAAAAUAAACCUUUGAUCCAAAGGCGUUUCAUCUGUGAUGCUUUUGAAGUUUUGUGACAAUGAAUUUCACGUGGUUCAUGUGUUGUGUUAGAGAAUCUAAUUUUAAUUUAAUACCUCUUUUUCCAAAGAAACACAGUGCAACAGGUGCACCGUCUAAGCAUCUUCUUGCUUUCAACCUCAGACAUGCCCAGGAUUCCAACAGGUCUGAUCCCCAGCUCAGCACGUCUCCUGGCUGCUCCUCCUGGAAAUGGGCUCUGGCUACCAGCAGCAACAAGGGAACUUGUCUGCGCCCAGCCGUCACUCAGCUGAAGACUGCUACCCCUUAUUCAUUUCACGCUUGUCCAUUUAUCUUGUGUGAAAAGAAAAUUCUCCGUCAGUCUGCUCUGUUCUGUUUGCUGAUGCAUGGAAGCUACAAAUAUUUAGGAACACCUAUGUUUUCCUAGCAGUUCAGUUAUUUUUUGUGAUAUUUUGGUUGUGAGCUUUUUUGUGUGUGUGUGUGUAUAAGUACUUUCUACUCUAAUUUGUCAGACUUCAGUUGAAGAAACAGAAUUUUAUUGUUCCUCUGGAAGAGGAGGGAAGUUGCUUUCUUUCUAUCUACUGAAUUCAGUAGCUUUCAAAAGGAACUCUGAGAAUAGUUGUAUUUUGUGGAGUGGCUUGACUGUGGUAGCUGGGAUUUUGGCUUUAAAAUGUUACAGUGAGCAAUUGAAGUCUCAGGAUGUUGCGGGAAGCACCUAGGUUCUCUUUUCAUCCCCUUAACAGGCUUGGAGAUCGAUAGUGAUCCAGGACCAAGAAUUUCACCAGAGGAACAACUUUUCAUUUGUUUUUGAUGUUACAGUAAAUUCCAGACUCCAGUGCACCAGGUGGUCAUAAUGACCUGUUAAACCUCAUGUAUGGUGCGACUCUGCAAUCUCCAGGCCACAAAUUCCUAUUUACCUAGAUCUCAACACUUGCCUUUCAGCAAUAGCUGUUCUGCAGAUCACUGCAGCUGACCCACAAUGGAGCCUCCAUUUCCCUGGGGAAUCUGUGUGGUCACUUCUCAGACAAGAUCCUACGAUCAAGUGGGACCAUCAUUUCAGCUGUAUUGCUAAAGCAGCAAAGAAUGGUGUGAGAUCUCCAAGGAAUCUCUUUACCUAGUGUUGUCUGUGUGCAGUUAUCUUUGUGCCCUCUUCUUGCUAGGAGUACCCCAGUCAAAUUCAGCACUCUUGACCUUGAUACUCCUAAAACCUUGGUAUAGGUAUAUGUGCCAAAUUCACUGAUAGGGGGUUUAAGGUACACAUGAGAUUGCAUGUAGACAGUAAAGGUGCCUAAUCUACAGCAAAGAGUUUCCAUGCUUUCCUCUGAUACGCUUUGCAGCAAUACUGCUUAAUCCUAUUCUGUGUUUCUAAAAACCUCUUCAGUAUAAAGAAAAACAUAAUUUCAAAAACCAUCAGAUGUCUGCUUCUCGCUGCAAGUACUGUCAUUAUUUGCUCAAAGUACCAAGAUGUACAGAUAAUGUCCCAGCAGCCAUGCUAUGGCACAUGAUGCAUGUGUGAUUCAUGUGCUGCAGGUUACUGUGGAUAUGACACUGUGCUGGCAUUAAGUACAUCUUAUAUCUCACAUCCGCACCUUGGAACCCCAAAGCAAAUAGGCUUCUUGUGGGAAGGAUGGGGAGAAUUAUUAAUGUUAUCUUUAAAACUCCUUGCAAAAAUUCAUAUAGCAAGAUGAUAGAUGCAAAAGGAAAGACAUUGAUAGACUAGCCGAAAUAGUAUUUGUCCUAAUUUUCCCUUCUGAAAUAUGGAGCUGGUGAAUAGAAAGAUUUAUCAUUUGGGGUUUAGAGCUGUUUCUCAUAUUUGAUUUCUUCUUAUUUGAGUUUCAUAAGACAAUCAGACUUCCCUUUCAGACACUUUUAUUUCUGCACCUCCUUCGAUGCAUAGUAUAAAAUGUAUUUCUCAGUGAUUUAUAUAAGCUUAUUUGUGGGCAAGCAAGGGAAAUCUUUUUUCUUUUCUUUUCUUUUCUUUUCUUUUCUUUUCUUUUCUUUUCUUUUCUUUUCUUUUCUU